AUGGCUGUACCUGGAGGGCUGAUAGAAAGCCUGGAUGACAUUCCACCUCAUGUAUGGAGGGGGCUUCCAGACCAGAUGAGACUGAGACCAUCAGCUGUAAAUCAAAAUCGCAUUGGUGUCUGGGCCACCAAAUGCAUACCUAAAGGUAAAAGAUUUGGUCCAUUCAUAGGAGAGAGGAAGAAGAGGUCUCAAGUGACUAGUAAUGUUUACAUGUGGGAGGUUUAUUUUCCAACGAGAGGAUGGAUGUGUGUGGAUGCCACAGAUCCCAUGAAGGGGAACUGGUUGCGGUAUGUUAACUGGGCACGCUCAUCUGAAGAGCAAAACCUGUUCCCUCUGGAGAUCAACAGAUCCAUUUACUACAAAGUUUUGAGGCCAAUCGAACCAGACGAAGAGCUGCUAGUAUGGUACAAUGGGGAAGACAAUCCUGAGAUAGCAGCUGCAUUAGAGGAAGAAAGGGCCAGCAGCUUGAGCAAGAAAAAUUCGCCUCGAGCUAAACGAGCUAGAAAGAAGUUGUUUGAAAAAGCCCAGCAAGGGUCCAAACAAUCUAGCCAGACAAAACCUGUCAUCACAGAAAUGCGGGAGUCCCAAGAAGGCCUUAAUGAAGAGGAUGAGAAGCCUUCACCCUCUGAGGGCCAGGUCCAGGUACCUGUGCUAUCCCACAUGACCUCCUCAACCAACAGCAAGGACCCCUCUUCACCACAGCUGUCUUCUGCAGAGGCUGGGCAGGAGAAUGGUGAAGAGAGUGAACAAGGAGAAAUGCAGCUGCCAUCGUCACAGGAGAGCCAACAGUGCACUGCUGAAUCAGUGCAGGUUGACAAAAAUGGUGACUCUGACCAGCAGUUAAUUCAGAACAGUCCUGUUGAGGAAGUCUGUGCAAGUCCUCUGAGUGAAACUGAGUGUGAGUCGUCCUUAUUGAAGCGUGAGGUAGAUGCUGAUCCUGACUUUGAGGACGACACACAAGGGGGGACACAUCGCUGCCAGCACUGUGAGCGCCAUUUUUCCACAAAACAGGGUUUAGAACGCCACACUCACAUACACACCACUGCCAACCAUCAAACCCACAAUUUUAAAUGCCGUUAUUGUGCCAAACCGUUUGGAUCACAGGUUGGCCGGCGAAGGCAUGAGCGAAGACAUGAAAAUGGUCUAAAGAGGCCUGGGGCCCUUGCUGGCACAGCAAUGUUUCGCAGCCCAUCAGUGUUUAUUGAAUCAUCACCAUCUGUAGGUGUAACGUCACCUAGCCAUAUCAUCAUGGGUUCUCAGAAUGGUGCAUCUCCACGAAGCUCUGAUGUUCUAAAGAAAGACACAGGAGCAGAGUCUGAUCGGCCUUCUGUGUUGGAUGAAAGUGGAGAGUCAAAAGAGUUGCAUCCUUGCAAAUACUGUAACAAGGCUUUUGGCACUCACACCAACAUGCGCAGACAUCAGCGUAGAAUCCAUGAGCGUCAUCUUAUGCCAAAAGGUGUUAGUAGGAAAGGUAUGCUGCUACAAGAGGUCCGGUCCCAACAACAGGGUCUAGAGCAUGCCACACCUAACCAAGAAGCAUCACCUAGUGUCAGUCCACCACCAACUUAUGUGCCUAGUGUGGACACAGAAGAUGAGGGAGAACGAGAAGAAUUCAUGGUCGAUGUCUCGAACAACAUUUCUGAGAAUCUUAGUCUUUACAUAGAUGGCAAAAUCUUGCCUACAAACACAGGCAGUAGCUGUGAGGUUAUAGAAGUCGACUCGGGUUCUGCAGCAUUGUUUGGUCUUGAUGCAGUUAUCAUCAGUCCAGAACAAAUGAGUCAGACACUUAAAUGUGAAACAAGGGGAAGUCCCCUUAGGGAUGUUUCAGUGGUUGGCCAGUCAGGUUCUAAAAGAAGAACUACUACGCCGCCACUUCUACCCAAUGUGAAAAUCGAAUCUGAAACAAUGUCGUCCACAGCUUCGCUGUCCUCUACUUCUUCUCAGCCACCUUUAGUGGUCGGAAAUAUUUUUAACCAGUCAACAGAGACGUUGGCCUUCCCGAAGGAGAAAACAAUUUAUCUUUCUCCUAAACUAAAACAGCUUCUGCAGACCCAAGACACUCAGAAACCAACCAUUGCUCUGAUUGCAGAGAGCCACAAGUUAGCAACCCCACUUUCUGUCUCUUCUCUUCCUGCUGCUUCUGGCAGAUUCAAAAGAAGGACUACGUCUCCUCCCACAUCAACACAAAGUAGCUCCUCGCUGAAAACGGAAGGCUCAUCAAGUGAAACUGGGGUCUUGCUCCUACAACAGGUUCCAAGAAUUGAGGGCCAGUCCGUGUCUUCUGCCUGGAGUUUAUCUAACAAAGAUCAAGACACCACAAGUCUUUCUGGAAAAGAAAUGUUCAAGGAGUGGUCUGUUUCAAGAAGUGGAGGUAAUUCAUGUAAUCAGCAACCUCUCGAUCUCUCAAAUGCAGUCAGUAAAAGAAACAGUAACAUUAGUAAAGGGCCUGGAGAGUCUGUGCUGGAUUUAAGUUUGCAUCGGAAGAACGUAGUGGAUCAUGAAGCAAAAGGAAGUCCCACACUCCACCCUCAUACCAAGAAAAAGAAACCCAACACCAGCAUGCUUGAGAAAGUGUUGAUGAAUGAGUACACUGGUUUAAACCCAGCAGGAGAGAGGAGUUCACCUGCUCUCGGCAGUCCAGAUGGUAAUUCUUCAAGCAAUAUCACAGGUGUCUCUCCUUCUAGUCCCUCUUCUAGCUCAGACCGGCUGCCUUAUGAAACAACUCCUCCAUCUCCCCCCUCACUGACUCCUGUGACGAUGAACCCGUCUUCUCCAUCCUCCUCCAGCCGAGCUUCCCCUACACCUCCACCGCCAGUUUUGCCUACUGUUCCUUCGCCUCCAACUUUGUCUUCUCAACCUGCUCAAACAUCAGACUCCUCAGUUUUGUGUUCAUUGCCUGAACUGUCUCCUAAGAUGUUCUCCAGUCAUUUUGAACACGAACUAGAGAUGUCGGAGUCCAGCAAAUGUGAUGCUAAUAUAGUGGAAUCCUGUCCUGAUGCCAUGAAUCCCAGUCAUAGCGAACUGGGCCAAACAGCUGAGCAGUUGGAGCCCAGUACUCAUUCAUUGCUUUCAAGUCCUCAGGACACCACUAGACAUUCUAAGUCAGAUUCCCUCUCAAAGCCUGAAACACUAACUCAGGGCCCAUCCUCUGAUUCUAAAUCUAGCGUGUUAGAGAGUAAGCAUUAUGCAACUUCCUCUCAUUCAGAGGCUAACCUGAAUUCCACUACUAGUGAAAGGGACAUCCCUUGCAAAAUAUUGUCUCAAGAUUUGGGGAACACAAAUGAGGAACUGCUUAAAUCGAAAUCCUCACUCUCACCUGUACAGUUAUCCCCACAAAAUGAAUCCCCUUUGGUCACAUUAAACUCAGCUGCUGCAGAUUCAGAUUGUCAGCAGUCACAAAUUGUCUCAAAUAUUGAAGAAACUGGAAGAAAGGAAGAACCAGUUGACAUAGAAAUUAACACUAAUGGUCAUUUACCUUCGUCUCUGUCAGUAUAUCCAGUGAAAACCUCUAGUGAGGAGAUGUCAGAACAGGAGACCUUUGCUAAGAACUUUGUGUGCAAUGUCUGUGAGGAUCCUUUCCGCUCAAUUUCAGAGCUUAGCCAGCAUAUCAUGAAGCAUUCUGUUGAAUGGCCUUUCAAGUGUGAGUUUUGUGUACAGUUGUUUCGAAAUACCUCAGCGUUACUGGAGCAUCGUUCCACUCUCCAUGGUGUGGGCAGAAUUUAUGUCUGUUCUGUUUGUUCAAAGGAGUUUGCUUUUCUCUGCAACCUCCUACAGCAUCAGAAGGACCUUCAUCCAGACCAGGGCUGUUCCCAUACUGUUGUUGAAAAUGGGAAGCUGAGACCACAGAACUACACUGAUCCAGCCCAGGCAAAUUUGGAGAGUAAUCCUUCAAAUGCAGCUGCUGACUCAGCCGCUGAAGCUGUCUCUCAGAACACUGUUGGAGAUCAUGACAAGAACGACGCUAAUGAGGAGGAUGGUGAGGAGGGCAAGGAGGACCCUACUGAAGAGCUAUACACUACCAUAAAAAUAAUGGCCUCAGAGGCUGGAAAGCCUAAAGGCCCAGAUGUUCGUCUUGGCAUUAAUCAACACUACCCCAGCUUCAAGCCGCCGCCAUUCCCCUACCAUAAUCGCACACCUGCGGGCUCUGUGGCUUCUGCCACAAAUUUCACCACACACAAUAUCCCCCAAACAUUCACCACAGCUAUCCGCUGCACCAAGUGUGGCAAGAGCUUUGACAACAUGCCUGAGUUGCAUAAACACAUACUAGCUUGUGCCAAUGCAAGCGAUAAGAGGCGCUACACUCCUAAGAAAAACCCCAUUCCACUCAGGCAGAUAGUGAAGCCUCAGAAUGGUGUUUUUUCACCUAUAGGAAAUGCCAGCGCAGGACAGAAUGCCUUCCGCAGGAUGGGUCAACCUAAAAGGCUCAACUUUGGCCAGGAGAUGUCUUCCAAAGUAAAGAUGACUGCCCUUAACAAAAAGAAAAAUAAGCUUGUCCAGAAGGCCAUAUCUCAGAAGAAUAAGACUACUGCCUCUGCAAGGAAGGCUGCUAGCCAGACAGAAGAGCAGCAGGAUGUCCAUGUGUGCCCACACUGUAGCCGAGAAUUUACUUACCCAGCCAGCCUUAGCAAGCAUAUUGCAUGCAGUUGCCCAAUGAAGCCUGUUUCAAAGAAAUCUAAAAAAGUAAUGGCAAUUUCCCAUGAUAAGAACAUGAAUCUUCGAAGUAGAGUCACAGACACUGAUGUGAAGCAAGAGCAUGAAGCAGGGUUGAAUGUCAAGACCCUAGGAAAAACAAGGGCUCGCAGCUUGGAGUCUGUGCAAAGUGAAAGUAAAGGAAAACCCAUUCUUUCUCAGGCACGCAUCAAGAGACUUGCCUCUAAUUCAGAUGGCACAGUGCCCCUUUCCAAGAAGAGCAAAAAGAACAAUACUCAGCCUUCAACCCAAUCUUUAACUACUUCACCUCUGGAUGACUCCUUACAGCGUCCAACCAUGAGAAUGCAACGGAUGGGGAAGGAGGUGACCCCUAAAAAGGUGGUAGAGGUGAAAUCACAACAGCAGCCUGAAGUUCAGCCCAAGAAGGAAGGACGGUUCUCUUUGAGGACACGGGAGAGGGUUGGGGGACCAGUCACUCGAAGUCUACAGAUGGCCAGUGCCUCAGCCUCAGUUGAGGUGGUGAAGACAGAGGACCUGUCCAAUCAUGAACAACAGUAAUCCCGGGAGUCCUGACCGAAAAAAGCCAGGUAAAACUACAAGGAUAGCGUAAAUCAUUCCCAGGAAAUGACGGAGGCAUCUUUUAGGGUCAGCUGGAUACCAGAGACUUCCAGGUGGACAUCAUUACCAUAAAUGAGAUUGGACAGAUUUUUGAAAAGGGGUUGGGGGUCUUACCUCUGAAAUGCUUCAUUUGGGCUGAUGGAAGCAUAUUCACAAUGCACUUUGAUAAAUGAACAUAUGUUGGA